AGGACACAGCAGACUGAGCCGGAGCAGCCCUGAGACGGUCUAUGUCCCCUGCUGCCCGGGGUCCUCGGCUCUGCCUGAUCUCCUGGCCCCCGUGUGGUCCCCAGCAUGGGUUUCGUGAGGCAGAUACAGCUUCUGCUGUGGAAGAACUGGACCCUGCGGAAAAGGCAAAAGAUUCGUUUCAUAGUGGAACUGGUGUGGCCUUUAUCUCUAUUUCUGGUCCUGAUCUGGCUGAGGAACGCCAACCCUCUCUACAGCCAGCAUGAAUGCCAUUUUCCCAACAAGGCAAUGCCCUCAGCAGGAGUUCUGCCGUGGCUCCAGGGGAUUUUCUGCAACGUGAAAAAUCCCUGUUUUCAAAGUACCACCCCAGGAGAAUCUCCCGGAAUCGUGUCCAACUACAACAACUCCGUCUUGGCAAGGGUGUAUCGAGAUUUCCAAGAACUCCUCAUGAAUGCCCCCGAGAGCCCGCACUUUGGCCAUGUUUGGGCCGAACUCCGCACCCUGUUCCAAUUCAUGGACACUCUCCGGACUCGCCCUGGGAGAAUUGCAGGAAGAGGAAUACGAAUAAGGGAUAUCCUAAGAGACGAAGAAACACUGACGCUGUCUCUCAUAAAAAACAUUGGCCUGCCUGACUCAGUCGUCUACCUCCUGGUCAACUCCCAAGUCCGUCCAGAACAGUUUGCUCAUGGCAUCCCAGACCUGGCGCUGAAGGACAUUGCAUGCAGCGAGGCCCUCCUGGAACGCUUCAUCAUCUUCAGCCAGCGCCGCGGGGCACAGACCGUGUACCACGCCCUGUGCCCCCUCUCCCAGGGCACCCUCCAGUGGAUAGAAGACACUCUGUAUGCCAACGUGGACUUCUUCAAGCUCUUCCGUGUGCUUCCUACACUCCUAGACAGCCGUUCUCAAGGUAUCAAUCUUAGAUCCUGGGGAGGAAUCUUAUCUGAUAUGUCGCCAAGAAUUCAAGAGUUUAUCCGCCGACCGAGCGUUCAAGACUUACUCUGGGUGAGCAGACCCCUCAUGCAGAGUGGCGGGCCAGGGACCUUCACACAGCUGAUGGGCGUCCUGUCGGACCUCCUGUGUGGCUACCCAGAAGGUGGCGGCUCUCGGGUGUUCUCCUUCAACUGGUAUGAAGACAAUAACUACAAGGCCUUCCUGGGGAUUGACUCCACAAGGAAGGAUCCCAUCUAUUCUUAUGACAAGAGGACAACUUCCUUCUGUAAUGCAUUGAUCCAUAGCCUGGAGUCAAACCCUUUAACCAAAAUAGCCUGGAGGACAGCAAAGCCUUUGCUGAUGGGAAAAAUCCUUUUCACUCCGGACUCCCCUGCAGCACGAAGGAUACUCAAGAAUGCCAACUCAACUUUUGAAGAGCUGGAGCGCCUUCGGAAGGUGGUCAAAGCCUGGGAAGAAGUAGGGCCACAGAUCUGGCACUUCUUUGACAACAGCACACAGAUGAACAUGAUCAGAGAUACCCUGGGGAACCCAACAGUAAAAGCCUUUUUGAACAGGCAGUUUGGUGAAGAAGGAAUCACUGCCGAAGCCAUCUUAAACUUCCUCUACAAUGGUCCUCGAGAGAGCCAGGCUGAAGACACAGCCAACUUCGACUGGAGGGACAUUUUCAACGUCACUGACCGCACCCUCCGCCUGGCUAAUCAAUACCUUGAGUGCAUGGUCCUGGAUAAGUUUGAAAGCUACAGUGAUGAAAUUCAGCUCACCCAUCGCGCCCUGUCUCUGCUGGAGGAAAACAGGUUCUGGGCUGGCGUGGUGUUCCCUGACAUGCACCCCUGGACCAACUCCCUGCCACCUCACGUGAAGUACAAGAUCCGCAUGGACAUCGACGCGGUGGAGAAAACCAAUAAGAUCAAAGACAGGUACUGGGAUUCUGGUCCCAGGGCUGAUCCUGUGGAAGAUUUCCGAUACAUCUGGGGCGGGUUUGCCUAUCUGCAGGACAUGGUUGAACAGGGGAUCACGAGGAGUCAGGUGCGGGCCAGGGCUCCCGUUGGAAUCUACCUCCAGCAGAUGCCCUACCCUUGCUUCGUGGAUGACUCUUUUAUGAUCAUCCUGAACCGCUGUUUCCCUAUCUUCAUGGUGCUGGCGUGGAUCUACUCUGUUUCCAUGACUGUGAAGAGCAUCGUAUUGGAGAAGGAGUUGAGACUGAAGGAGAACUUGAAAAAUCAAGGUGUCUCCAAUGCAGUGAUCUGGUGUACCUGGUUCCUGGACAGCUUCUCCAUCAUGUCAAUGAGCAUCUUCCUCCUGACGCUAUUUAUCAUGCAUGGACGGAUCCUGCAUUACAGUGACCCGUGCAUCCUCUUCCUAUUCCUGCUGGCCUUCUCCACCGCCACCAUCAUGCUGUGCUUCCUGCUCAGCACCUUCUUCUCCAAGGCCAACCUGGCCGCGGCCUGCAGUGGCGUCAUCUACUUCACUCUCUACCUGCCUCACAUCCUCUGCUUCGCCUGGCAGGACCGGAUGACAGCCGAGCUGAAGAGGACGGUGAGCUUGCUGUCUCCCGUGGCCUUCGGGUUUGGAACUGAGUACCUGGUUCGCUUUGAGGAGCAGGGCCUGGGGCUGCAGUGGAACAACAUUGGGAACAGCCCCAUGGAGGGGGACGAGUUCAGCUUCCUGAUGUCCAUGAAGAUGAUGCUCCUGGAUGCUGCGCUCUACGGCCUGCUUGCCUGGUACCUCGACCAGGUGCUUCCAGGGGACUAUGGAACCCCACUCCCUUGGUUCUUCCCUCUACAAGAGUCAUAUUGGAUGGGCGGUGAAGGGUGUUCGACCCGAGAAGAAAGAGCCCUGGAGAAGACUGAGCCCCUGACGGAGGAAAUGGAGGAUCCGGAACACCCAGGAGGCCUCAAUGACACCUUCUUUGAACGUGAGCUCCCAGGGUUAGUCCCUGGGGUAUGUGUGAAGAAUCUGGUAAAGCUUUUUGAGCCCCAUGGCCGGCCGGCCGUGGACUGUCUGAACAUCACCUUUUAUGAGAACCAGAUCACCGCAUUCCUCGGGCACAAUGGAGCAGGGAAAACCACCACCUUGUCCAUCCUGACAGGUCUGCUGCCGCCGACCUCGGGGACCGUCCUCAUCGGAGGAAAGGACAUUGAAACCAACCUGGAUGUGAUCCGGCAGAGCCUCGGCAUGUGUCCACAGCACAACAUCCUGUUCCACCACCUCACAGUGGCUGAGCACAUGCUGUUCUAUGCCCAGCUGAAAGGAAGGUCCUGGGAGGAGGCUCAGCUGGAGAUGGAGUCCAUGUUAGAGGACACGGGCCUCCACCACAAGAGGAAUGAAGAAGCUCAGGACCUGUCAGGCGGCAUGCAGAGGAAGCUGUCCGUGGCCAUUGCCUUCAUGGGAGACGCCAAGGUGGUGGUUCUGGACGAGCCCACCUCAGGGGUGGACCCCUACUCGAGACGCUCCAUCUGGGACCUGCUCCUGAAGUAUCGCUCAGGCAGAACCAUCAUCAUGUCCACUCACCACAUGGAUGAGGCCGACCUCCUGGGGGACCGCAUUGCCAUCAUCUCCCAGGGCAGGCUCUACUGCUCGGGCACCCCCCUCUUCCUGAAGAGCUGCUUUGGCACAGGCUUCUACUUAACCUUGGUGCGCAAGAUGAAAAACAUCCAGAGCCAAAAGAGAAGCUGUGAGGGGCCCUGCGACUGUGCGUCCAAAGGCUUCUCGGCCUCCUGUCCCGCCUGUGUCAGUGACCUAACUCCAGAGCAAGUCUUGGACGGGGACGUGAACGAGCUGAUGGACGUGGUUUUCCACCAUGUGCCAGAGGCCAAGCUGGUGGAAUGCAUUGGUCAAGAGCUCAUCUUCCUUCUUCCAAAUAAGAAUUUCAAGCAGAGGGCAUAUGCCAGCCUGUUCAGAGAGCUGGAGGAGACGCUGACUGACCUGGGGCUCAGCAGUUUUGGAAUUUCUGACACGCCCCUGGAAGAGAUCUUCCUGAGGGUCACGGAGGAUUCUUACUCGGGACCUCUGUUUGAUGGUGGCGCUCAGCAGAAAGGGGAAAACGUUAGCCUCCGACACCCCUGCCUGGGUCCCCGAGAGAAGGCCGGACAGACUCCCCAGGACACCAACGUGUGUGCCCCAGGGGCGCCGGCUGCUCCCCCUGAGGGCCAGCCUGCCCCAGAGCCUGAGGUCCCAGGCCUGCGGCUCAACAUGGGGGUGCGGCUGGUCUUCCAGCAUGUUCAAGCACUGCUGGUCAAGCGGUUCCACCACGCCAUCCGCAGCCACAGGGACUUCCUGGCCCAGAUUGUGCUCCCAGCCACUUUUGUGUUCUUGGCUCUGAUGCUGUCCAUCAUCGUGCCUCCUUUUGGCGAAUACCCCGCCUUGACCCUUCACCCCUGGAUGUACGGGCAGCAGUACACCUUCUUCAGCAUGGAUGACCUGGGCAGUGAGCGGCUCGCGGUGCUUGCAGACGUCCUCCUGAACAAGCCAGGCUUCGGCAACCGCUGCUUGAAGGACGAGUGGCUUCCGGCAUAUCCUUGUGGCAAUUCAACCCCCUGGAAGACGCCUUCUGUGUCUCCCAACGUCACCCACCUAUUCCAGAAGCAAAAGUGGACCCCAGACAACCCUUCGCCGUCCUGCAUGUGCAGCACCAGAGAGAAGCUCACCAUGCUGCCCGAGUGCCCCGAGGGCGCCGGGGGGCUCCCACCUCCUCAGAGAAUGCAGCGCAGCUCUGAAAUUCUACAAGACCUCACUGGCAGGAAUAUCUCUGACUUCUUGGUGAAGACAUAUCCUGCUCUUAUAAGAAGCAGCUUAAAGAGCAAAUUCUGGGUUAACGAACAGAGGUAUGGAGGAAUUUCCAUCGGAGGGAAGCUCCCGCGGAUCCCCAUCACGGGGGAAGCUCUCAUUGACUUUUUAAGUGACCUUGGCCAGAUCAUGAAUGUGAACAGGGGCCCUGUCACCAGAGAGGCUGCUAAAGAAAUGUCUGAGUUCCUUAAACACCUAGAAACUGAAGACAACAUUAAGGUGUGGUUUAACAACAAAGGCUGGCAUGCCCUGGUCAGUUUUCUCAACGUGGCCCACAACGCCAUCCUACGGGCCAGCCUGCCCCAGGACAAGAACCCGGAGGAGUACGGCAUCACCGUCAUAAGCCAGCCCCUGAACCUGACCAAGGAGCAGCUCUCCGAGAUCACAGUGCUGACCACUUCAGUGGAUGCCGUGGUCUCCAUCUGUGUGAUCUUCGCCAUGUCCUUUGUCCCAGCCAGCUUUGUCCUUUAUCUGAUCCAGGAGAGGGUGAACAAAGCCAAGCACCUUCAGUUUAUCAGCGGAGUGAGCCCCACCACCUACUGGCUGACCAACUUCCUCUGGGACAUUAUGAAUUAUGCCGUGAGUGCAGGGCUGGUGGUGGGCAUUUUCAUCGGGUUUCAGAAGAAAGCCUACACUUCUCCAGAAAACCUUCCUGCCCUUGUGGCACUACUCAUGCUGUAUGGGUGGGCCAUCAUUCCCAUGAUGUACCCAGCGUCCUUCCUGUUUGAUGUCCCCAGCACAGCCUAUGUGGCUUUGUCUUGUGCUAAUCUGUUCAUUGGCAUCAACAGCAGUGCCAUCACCUUUGUCUUGGAAUUAUUCGAGAAUAACCAGAUGCUACUCAGGUUCAAUGCUAUGCUGAGGAAGCUGCUCAUUAUCUUCCCCCACUUCUGCCUGGGCCGGGGCCUCAUCGACCUUGCUCUAAGCCAGGCUGUGACAGACGUCUAUGCCCGGUUUGGAGAGGCACACUCUUCAAAUCCGUUCCAGUGGGACCUGAUUGGGAAGAACCUGGCUGCCAUGGCAGUGGAAGGGGUGGUGUACUUCCUGCUGACCCUCCUCGUCCAGCACCACUUCUUCCUCUCCCAGUGGACGACCGAGCCCACUAAGGAGCCCAUUGUCGAUGAGGACGAUGAUGUGGCUGAAGAAAGACAGAGGAUUGCUAACGGGGGAAAUAAAACGGACAUCUUACGGCUAAAUGAGCUGACCAAGGUUUAUCCAGGCACCUCUAGCCGAGCGGUGGACAGGCUAUGUGUUGGGGUCCGCCCUGGAGAGUGCUUUGGCCUCCUGGGAGUGAAUGGUGCCGGCAAAACCACCACAUUCAAGAUGCUCACUGGGGACACCACAGUGACCUCAGGGGACGCCACUGUAGCGGGCAAGAGUAUUUUAACCAACAUUUCUGAGGUCCAUCAAAGCAUGGGCUACUGUCCUCAGUUUGAUGCAAUCGAUGACCUGCUCACAGGGCGAGAACACCUUUACCUUUAUGCCCGUCUUCGAGGUGUACCAGCGGAGGAAAUCAAGAGGGUUGCGAACUGGAGCAUUAAGAGCCUGGGCCUCUCUGUCUACGCGGACCGCCUGGCUGGCACAUACAGUGGGGGCAACAAGCGGAAGCUGUCCACGGCCAUCGCGCUCAUUGGCUGCCCGCCGCUGGUGCUGCUGGAUGAGCCCACCACAGGGAUGGAUCCGCAGGCACGCCGCAUGCUGUGGAACGUCAUCGUGAGCAUCAUCCGGGAAGGGAGAGCUGUGGUCCUCACGUCCCACAGCAUGGAAGAGUGUGAGGCACUGUGUACUCGGCUGGCCAUCAUGGUGAAGGGUGCCUUUCGGUGUAUGGGUACCAUUCAACACCUCAAGUCCAAGUUUGGCGAUGGCUACGUUGUCACAAUGAAGAUCAAGUCUCCGAAGGAUGACCUGCUUCCUGACCUGAACCCCGUGGAGCAGUUCUUCCAGGGCAACUUCCCGGGCAGUGUGCAGCGCGAGAGGCACUACAACAUGCUGCAGUUCCAGGUCUCAUCCUCCUCCCUGGCCAGGAUCUUCCAGCUGCUGCUCUCCCACAAGGACAGCCUGCUCAUCGAGGAAUACUCGGUCACGCAGACCACGCUGGACCAGGUAUUUGUGAACUUUGCUAAACAGCAGACUGAGACUCACGACCUCCCUUUGCAUCCUCGAGCUGCUGGAGCUAACCAACAAGCCAAGGACUGAUCUUCCACACGCUGCUCCCUGCAGCAAGCAAGGAACUCAUACAGCUGGGGGUGAAGGAGCCUUUGCCCAUGUGGUUAUCUGAACACAAUGGCCAGCGUACAUGACCCCACUGCAGCAGAAAACAAACACAUGGGGAGCAUGCAACAGACUCAAAAGAGGCUCUUUCAAAAGGAAACCGGAACAGACUGGCUCACCUGGAACUCCUGUUGGAGAAAC